GUACUGAAAGGCUGCAAGAAGCUGAACCUGUCAGUGCAUUCGGUGGGACGCAUCCCGGGGGGUUAUGUCACCAACCACAUCUACACCUGGGUGGACCCGCAGGGCCGGAGCGUGUCCCCGCCGAUGGGCCUGCCACACCACCAGAACAGCUCCCUCCGCAAGGACAGUGAGAAGAGGAGCCACCUCCAGCUCCUGCAAGAGGGAGAUGAGAAGAAGGUGAAUCUGGUCCUGAACGAAGGGAAAUCCCUUGGCCUCAUGAUCCGAGGAGGGGCAGAAUACUCCCUGGGCAUCUACAUCACCGGCGUAGAUAAAGGCUCCGAAGCAGAGAGCACUGGCUUAAAGGUCGGAGACCAGAUCCUGGAGGUGAACGGCAGGAGCUUCCUCAGCAUCCCCCACGAUGAGGCCGUGAAGCUGCUCAAGUCUUCCCGCCACCUCAUCAUGACGGUGAAGGACAUUGGGAGACUGCCCCACGCCCGGACCACUGUGGACGAGACCAGGUGGAUCGCAAGCUCCCAGAUCGGAGAGACCCUCGUCAGCUCAGCAGGGGCAGUGGGUGACCAUGCUGCGGAGGCAACAGCCAGGCCUCUGUUCUACCGGGGCCUGGCCGGCUCCCAGGUGACACUGAGCAGCAUUGUGAACCAGACCCGGGUCAUGCUGGAGGAACAGGCGCGGCACCUGCUGAAUGAACAGGAACGGGCAACCAUGGGCUACUACCUCGAUGAGUAUAAGGAAGGCAACAUCUCCGUGGAUGCUCUGGUCAUGGCACUCUUUGAGCUACUCAACACACAUGCUAAGUUCUCACUGCUUUCAGAGGUGCGGGGUGUGAUCUGCCCGCAAGACCUCGACCGCUUCGACAACUUGGUGCUGAAGAGAGAGAUUGAGUCCAUGAAGGCUCGGCAGCCCUCGGGGCCCGGCGUCAGCACCGACUCCUACUCCAUGAUGUCCUACAGCGACACCGUCUCUUCCUCCAGCAGCCACUUCACUGCCACAACUGUCAGCUCAGCCCGGGAGCGGCUCUUAUGGCUCAUAGACCUGAUGGAGAACUCGUCAGAAUUGGAGGGAGGUGGAGACAGCCACCAAAGUGGCAUCAACACCCUGCCGGACAUCUCCCUGGAUGAUCUCUCCUCCUUCCCAGAUGAACCACCCAACUUCAAGCCUCCACCUCCUCCUUCAGCCCCUCAGAUGCUGGACCCCUCUGCUGCCCAGCACAGGAACCCGGGGAAAGACAAGGCCAAGCGCCCUUCCUCCGAGUCCUCUCAGUCAGGCCUCUUCUUCGUGGCCCCCCGAAACCCCACACCCCCUCCCAGCCACCCUGAGAAGGACACAGUCAGCAUGACCUCCACUGCUACCACGUCCACUGAGGAGUCUGCCCCAAGCGCUAUCUAUGCUACCAUUUCCCCGGCCCUGCACAGCUCCAGGAGGCAAAUGGAUGCUCAGCUCUCCUUGGUCAGC